AAAGCCUCCACCAUGCACAUCCCCGAAAGCCUCCAGGAUCUGGCUAACAGUGAGACCGUGCAAUUCCUGAAGAAACCAAAGACUGUCGGGCGCAUCAUAGCAGGGGUCUUCGCGCUCAUCAUCUUCUCGUCCUUGCUGACCGAUGGCUACCAGAACCAGACGGACUCGAAGCAGCUGCGCUGCGUGCUGAACAGCAAUGGAGCGGCCUGCGGCUUCGCGGUGGGCGCCGGGGUCCUGGCCUUGCUCUGCUGCCUGGGGUUCCUGCUCCUAGAUGCCCGCGAGGCCUCCAUGGUCAGCGUCCGCUUCAAGACGGCCUUCCAGCUGCUGGACUUCAUCCUGUCGGUCCUGUGGACAGGCAUCUGGUUCGUGGGCUUCUGCUUCCUGACCAACCAAUGGCAGCACUCCACCAGCCACUUCCUCGUGGGCAGCAGCAGUGCCAAGGCUGCCAUCGCCUUCACCUUCUUCUCCAUCUUCGCCUGGAUAUUCCAGGCCUACCUGGCAUUUCACGACCUCCGAGAUGACCACCCUGUCCCCUACAAGCGUAGCCUGGAUGAGGGCGGCAUGGUGCUGACCACCCUGUCCCCGCCCUCUCCCACCAGCCCUAUCAACAUGCCCAGUGCCGGCCCCAGCGGCCUGGCCUACACCAGCUCCGCCCUGUCCCCCUACCUGACCACUCCCAAGGGCCCCCGGCUCGCCAUGAUGCCCGACACUGACUAG